AUGGCGGAGGCAGCGGCUCCCAAGUCAUACAGCCUAGAUGCUGUCAAGAAGCCCUUGAAGAGGGCACGCGCUAAUCGCCCCUCGAAGCUGCGUGCGAGCAUCACCCCAGGCACAGUGCUGAUCAUCCUCGCUGGCCGCGACAAGGGCAGGCGCGUCGUUUUCCUUAAGCAGCUCGAGUCGGGCCUCCUGCUCGUCACUGGUCCCUUCAAGGUGAACAGGGUUCCCCUGAGGAGAGUCAACCAGCGCUACGUCAUCGCCACGUCGACCAAGGUGGACGUGAGCGGCGUUGACGUGGCCAAGUUCGACGACGGCUACUUCGCGGGCGAGCAGAAGAAGAAGGAGAAGAAGAGCGAGGGCGAGUUCUUCGAGACCGAGAAGAAGGAGAAGAAGGUGGUGUCGCAGGCGCGGAAGGACGACCAGGCAGCGGUGGACGAGAAGAUCCUGGCGGCCGUAGGCAGCGAGCCGCUGCUCAAGGAGUACCUCGCUGCGCGCUUCUCACUCACGUCGGGAGACAAGCCCCACCGCAUGCAGUUCUAG